AUUUGCAAGGAAAAUGUCACUGGAAGAGCCUCCGGAAAAAAUUAGAAAAAUCGAUACGAUGAGAAUUAAAGUCUACCCAAUUCUGGAUUCAACUCUCACUUGCGACACAAUCCCAUCGACUUCCUUCCAAGCUUUACGACUUGAAAACAAGAAAAUUAUUGGGACAAUUAUCAGGCGACUUCCAGAACUUCCAGAAGAGCUUUCACACUUGAAAAGAGUCGGAAAAGACGGAAGUGUGCUGAUAGCAGAGUCGGAGGAAGUCGCAAAGCUUAUCGUGGGAAAGUUGGAGGACGCAGAAGCUCGGGUGGAAGAUUUAGUGCCAGUAAAAGUCGCGAGAACCAAGCCACAGACCCGACGGCAAUUCCAAGUGGCUAAGGAGCUCUGGCCAACAGGAUUUCACCCGAAUCAUGAGCUCGAGCAACUUCUAGACGGCUCUUUUCUCACAGAAUCGCUGAAAAAAUACGUGGAUCGAUGGCUCGGCGAAGCUGCUCGGCUGGGGGAUGGUUGUAUAGCUGUGCAGAACGACGAGCUCCUCUCCACGGGCCGCCCGUCUUCCCAUCCACUCGGCCACCCGGUAAUGGAAAUGGUUGGAAAUCUGCCGAAAAGACACGGCGAUGACUAUCUUGGCACCGGAUCCGACGUUUUCCUCAUCACGGAGCCCUGUGCAAUGUGCUCAAUGGCUUUGGUGCAUUUUCGUGUGAAGCGGGUUUUUUACGCGCGGAAUUCCCGGAAUGGCGUGUUGAAAGAAGACGGCUGGCAACUGCACCUGGAGCCCUCCAUCAACCACCACUACGAGGUUUUUCGUGUUGAAGGCCUUCUGGAUAAUAAUUAUAUUGUUGAUAAUUCUGACCGUUUUUGUUCCAAUAUUCAAUUGUGAAGUUUUUUUUUUAAUAAAAAAACAAUAC